AUGUCUCAAUUUUACUUGCAAUCAGCUAAUCAGACUUUGUGUGCAUCUGUGGAUGGUACAGAACUGAAAUCAAGCUCUGAUAAUGAAACCACAAAUGAAAAGUGGACCGAAGACUCCUUUCCAGGAUUAGAAAUACUGUGCACAAUUUAUGUUACAUAUGCUGUGAUCAUUUCUGUGGGUCUCCUUGGAAAUGCAAUACUCAUCAAAGUUUUUUUCAGGAUUAAAUCAAUGCAGACGGUUCCCAACAUCUUCAUCACCAGCCUGGCCUUCGGAGACCUGCUGCUUUUGUUAACAUGUGUGCCUAUAGAUGCAACACGUUACAUUGUGGAUACCUGGCUUUUUGGAAGAAUUGGGUGCAAGCUGUUGUCUUUUAUCCAGUUAACAUCAGUUGGAGUAUCAGUGUUUACCCUGACUGUUCUCAGUGCUGACAGGUACAGAGCCAUUGUUAAACCCUUGGAACUGCAGACUUCAGAUGCACUCCUGAAGACCUGCUGUAAAGCUGGCUGUGUUUGGAUCGUCUCCAUGAUAUUUGCUAUCCCAGAGGCUCUUUUUUCAGAUUUGUAUUCUUUCAGCAAUCCUGAGAAAAAUGUAACUUUUGAAGCAUGUGCCCCCUACCCUGCAUCUGGGAAGAUCUUACAGGAAGCUCACUCCCUGGUUUGCUUCUUAGUGUUCUAUAUUGUGCCCUUAGCUGUCAUUUCUGUCUACUACUUUCUUAUUGCCAGAACUUUAUAUAAAAGUACAUCCAACAUGCCAGCAGAAGAACACGGUCAUGCCCGUAAGCAGAUUGAAUCCCGCAAGAGAGUUGCAAAGACAGUGCUGGUGCUUGUGGCUCUGUUUGCCUUCUGCUGGUUGCCCAACCACAUCCUCUACCUGUACCGCUCUUUCACAUACCACACUUCUGUUGAUGCUUCCACCUUUCAUCUGAUAGCAACUAUUUUUUCCCGUGCCUUGGCCUUCAGCAAUUCCUGUGUCAAUCCUUUUGCUCUUUAUUGGCUGAGUAAAAGCUUCCGGCAACAUUUUAAAAAACAAGUAUUAUGCUGCAAGUCAGCAUUCUGUGCAAAGCCUUCCAGUGCUCCCCAGAGCAGUUCUCCUACCAGAGCCCCAUCGAUCAUGGGCAGCAUGCAUGGCUCAGAAAUCAGUGUUACACUGCUAGCAGAUUAUAGCAUCACGAAAGAAGAGGAAAGUGUUUAGUCCGUGCGGGAUGAAGAAGGACAGAAACUGAAUCAUUGCAAUCAAGUCACUGCUACUGGCAUCCUGGAAAGGGGUGCCAUGGCUUGCCCUGUCUGUGAAAGUGUGUUCAUCAGGAGUUCCUCAUUUUUCAAACCAUAGAAUAAAGAAAUCAAACUGUGUGGGGGAAGAAGCUGCAACAGUGGAACUUUCCAGCAUAAGCUCAAAAGGAUUACUCACGUUCCCAUGCAUGAAUACAGAUUCUUAGCCAGAAUUCCUGGACUGGGCAGGAGGGGACUUAGAUUUGGUAGACAGUUUUGUCAUUGGUGACUUGCUCAUUGAGUCAUGACUGAGAGCUGGUUCUGACAACUACUUGCAUCUACAGCAAACAAGCAAAGCCACAUGAUCAUAACACAAUCAAUCAGGCACAUUUUUGAUUAAUUUAUUUUCUUGUCCUGAAUGCUAAAAAUGGGUAAACACAAGAGAAGGAAUGCUAAAAUGAGAGAAGACAAAGGUUUGUAGCGCUGUGAAGUAAAAAAAGAAAAAGCAUUAUGGGCCAGAUCCACAGUAGUUGUUGCUCUGUCAGUGACUUAGAAAUUCUGGAUAAGAGCUGACUGCUUUGUAGUGAGAUG